AUGCCUUGUGAUGAAGAUGAAUUUGAAAGAUUACAUAUUCAACAUUAUAUUUGUCGAUUCAUAUGGCAAAAAAAUUAUUCUGCUCCCAUAAAAGAAAAGUUAGAAAGUGGAGGAGCUCUCAUAUUAGAUGUUGGUUGUGGACCAGGAACGUGGGUAAUAGAAAUGGCCAAUGAAUUUCCAAAAUCACAUUAUACCGGAAUAGAUAUAUGUCCAAUUUAUCCUCGAGAUCAAAUACCUCCAAAUGUUAAUUUUUUAGAAUGUAAUAUAUUAGAUGGAUUACCUUAUCACAAUAAUACUUUUGAUCACAUACACGUAAGAUAUCUAAUUACCGCGUUUAGUGAAUUAGAUUGGCAAAUUGCUUUAAAAGAAUUAGUGAGGGUAACUAAAGUUGGAGGAAUUAUUGAGAUUGUGGAAGAUGAAAUUGAGCCAAGAAAUGAUGGUCCAAUAUCGAGAUUAUUAUUUAGUGCAUUUUUUUCAGAUCUUCGUUCUCGUAAUAUUGAUUUUACAGUAUUCAAUCAUAUGAUUGAUAUGUUAUUGGCAACACAACAACUUGAAGAUUUAAAACUUGAAGAAAUUUCAGCUCCAUUUGGUAAAUGGGCUGGUAGAAUUGGAACUUUACUUUCUGAAAAUACAGGUCAAAUAUUUCGUACUUUUAGAUCAAAAUUUUCAUCAACUUUAGGAUUGGAACAAGAAGAAUAUGAUAAAUUAGUUGAAGCUUGGUAUAAUGAAUUAAAUGAAAUUGGAGAAAAGACCUACCUCACGUUAAAUGAAUUAAUUGAAAAUGUAUUGGCUAAUGCCCAAUUAAAAGAAUCAAGAUUUGUUUCACGACAGGUUUAUUAUUCACUUGGAAGAAAAGAAUGUCUUAGAGGUUCACUUCGAGAAGCAAUCGUUACGGAAGCUAAUGAUUUAGCAUCACGAGCAUGUGUUCUACAUUUGACACGACCACAACUUACUUCCAAGGGUAUUGAUAAGGGUGCUGGAAAAAGUACACUCGUUAACUUACUUCUCGGCGAGUCACAUGACGAAGGCACGUUUAAAGUUUCGGCGGGCAUGGGAAAUUCGAGAAAUUUAACCAUUGUCGAUACGCCCGGAAUUUUUGAUACAAAUAAUCCUGAUGAUAUCACCUUCAAAGAAAUUGCCAGAACAGUCCAUAAAUGUGUUCAUGGUGUCAAAGCAAUCCUUUUUGUUUUCGAAGCAAAACGGUUUACUGAAGAACAAAGGAAUGUCUUAAAUGGUAUAAAUAUUUUUCUUGGAGAAGGUGCAAUGAAUUAUAUGAUUACUGUUUUUUCCCAUGCAACAAAAAAACAGAAUCAAGACAGGAAUGAAAUGCAAGAGGCUUGGAAUUCGCCUGUCUCCUCCUUCAUUGAGAAUAUAGGAAUGAUCAUGAAAACAAAAGAUGUUUUUACUACAGAAGCGUUUGAAGCUGCUCGACGAGAGCAAGAAAAAAUUCGUCGUGAAAGGGAAAAGGAGGAGGGACGGGCAAGAGCGGAGUACGAAGAAAAGUUAAGAAAUGAAGGAAAAGAGAAAGCCGAUAAAGCAUUUCAAGAAAAAAUGGAUAACAUGAGAAACGAAUAUGAAAAAAAAACAGGAGGAAUCUUUGAAGAAAAUGACAGAUGA